AUGUUGUACAAGGCGCAUCGUGUCACUCGGCCAGCUGAUAUUCUCGGUGCUUCCGCGCCAUAUUUGAAAACGGUAACCAGAGACCCUGAGACUCAUCGAAUCCGAGACAUCAAGCCGGGAGAGCAGGUAGAGAGUGUGUGUGAUGUGUAUGAGAGAGAGGAUACAAUAUUUCGUUUCCGUACAUCUAAAGGUAAACUCGGAACUGGCCUGCCGAAUCAGGUGAAAUAUAACGAAGCCGACGCAUUGGAGGACUCUAUCCUUUUCUCCGAAGAAUUAACGGGAAAAACUACGUCGAAUCGCUUGAAAACGAUAAGGAACAAAUUGACAGACUUCGAGCAAGGACGGAUCAAAAAUUAUGCUACUCGUUUUGCCUAUGAUCUCGAUACUGAUGACGAAUAUAAUUCUGAGGAGUUUAACUCUGAUGAGUAUUAUUCAGACGUGGAAGAGGACGAGUGGGAAGAAUCUGAUUUCUCGGAUAGUAGCUCGCUAAAUCAGAGUGGUGAAAUAAAACUGGAGGAGUCUGAUAAAGCUCAAGAUAAAGACGGAGAGAGCGAGGAGGGCCGUGACCUAUCAAACUCUAGCCGAUCCGGUACCAUUGUGGACGAUUUUAUCGAUGCGCUGGAAAAGGCAAAUGACCUCUUGGAAACAUUGGGACCUGGACCAGAGGGUGUUGAUGACAUGCACCUUGAAUUUAUGGAAUUUAUAGACCGUCAUAAAGCCAAAGUUUUCAAGGAAGCCUGGCACCGGGCGGAUCUGGAGCCUAACGGUUUUGCUCAGUGGAACGAACUCCUCCAAAUCCGUUCCAAAUGUGAGGUAAAUUUCCACUACAUGACAGCAACAGUAGCAAACUGGUGGAAGCCUUUGGUAUUUCUGGACUACCCUUUGGGAACUCAUUCAAGGGUUCGAGGAGAUGCGCGGCGUGCAGGCUUGAUGACGUCAUUGUUUUUCCCAGCAGGGAAUGUUUUCUUUGACAAUUGCACAGAGGGGGAUGAAAUUAAAAAAUCUAUGCUUUUCAGACAAGUUGAGCGCAGCAAAACGCUUCCAGAUAGAAGAGGCUAUCAAUGCCCCACAUCCAGAGGCAAUAAAUUUUUCGAAGAGUUGGAUGGAAUUGCAGAGAGAUGCCAGAAAAAUCAGACCCAUCUUUUGGACGAGCUUUCUCCGGAAUGGGACGUUGCACUGCGGCCAAAAAUUGCCCACCUUUUCAAGGAGGGCGUCAUCUGCCUAUGCUAUGAGCCGCCGGAGCUGAUCCCAGGCCAAGCAUUCGGCAGCUGUGAGAAGGACCGUCCUCUCGAUCUCUUCAUCGAUUUCCGCAAGAUGUUGCAUGAAAUUCACAUGCCUCCCGGGCGCGAAGAUCCCUCCAAAAUCUCUAUCUCUUUCUUGCGUAACACCAUUAAAUCCCACGCUGCUUCCCGGCCAAAUGCGCACUACUCCUUUCUCAGAGUGUGGUCUGGCUCACAUUUCUAUCCUCUGAUGAUUGGCUAUGACAAUCGCCUCUGGACCUCGUUCAUCGAUGAGAUAGGACGUGCGUGGUCCUGGCGCUUUAUUCCAAAAGAUAUGCCAUUCUCUGACUGGAGUAUGCACAGCAACCUUCAGCAGCGGCUUGAUCCCUACAAGAAAGUUCUACUUAACAAAGUUGUGAUUAAACGGGAUAUGAUACUUAUACUUGCGGAGGAUGAGGAAGAACUGCUCUUGCUGACGUCGGCAGUAACAUUUGCUGUGCAGACUCAGCCUUGGAGACUAGAAGUGGAUUAUUGGAAGAGCUUUAUCAAUGUUGAUAGCGCCUUUUUGAAUGGACUGCAAGACGGAUGGUAUGAUUGA